UGAGGGAUUCUAUUUUUGAAAAGUUUAAUGGUAGUCUGCGAUAUAGCGUAUCACACCUCCGUCCCGCUCUCCCUUUAUAACUCCGUAUUCGUUUCCUCCAAACCCUAACGUUUUCUCUGCUCACACAAACACACACUUCUCUCUGCCGCUUAUUCUCUCACGAAUUUUUCUAUUCCUCUUCAACAAUGGAGUUUUGGGGUGCUGAGAUUAAAAGUGGCCAGUCAUUUGAUGUAGUCAUUGGUGAAGGCAAGGUUUUGCAUCUUUCACAGGCUUGUCUUGGUGAAGCAAAGAAGGAAACAAAGGAAUCUGUUUGCAUGCACAUGACUAUUGAUGGAAAAAAACUUGUUCUAGGAACCCUUAUCCCUGAGAAGAUUCCACAACAGCUAUUUGACUUGGUCUUUGACAAAGACUUUCAAGUCUCACACAACUCAAAAAACAGCAAAUUUUCUUCUGAGGAUGAUGAGGAGGAAGAGCUUCCACUUCCAGUGGCUAAUGGAAAGCAAGAGGCAAAGAAAGAGGCAAAGAAAGAGGAGAAAAAAGUUGUAGUUCCUAAGAAAGAACAGAAGUCAUCUGCUGCUGGAAAACAGAAGGUGAAGAUUGUGGAACCUGAAAAAGAUGUGAAAGAGUCAGAUGAUGAUGAUGAUGACAGUGAUGACUCUGAUGCAAUGUCUGAAGAUUCUGAUGAUGAGGAUGAUGAGGAUUCUUCUGAUGAUGAAGAAGACAGUGAUGAGGAGGAAGAGACACCCAAAAAGGAACAAUCAGGAAAGAAGAGACAGAAUGAAUCUGCAAGCAAGACCCCUACUGAGAAGAAGAAAACAAAGAUUGCUGCUACCCCUCAGAAGACUGAAGGGAAGAAGGGUGGAGCAGUGCAUAUAGCGACACCUCAUCCAUCAAAGCAGGCGGUUGCUAAGACGCCAGCUGGCGGAAGCAAGUCGAACCAGAAAAGUCCGGCUACUGAGGGUGCUCAUUCUUGCAAAUCGUGCAACAGGAACUUUAAGACAGAGGGUGCUCUUUCAUCUCAUAACCAGGCGAAGCACUCAGCAAGUAAAUGAAUGGAAAGUGAAAGAGAGUGAGUGAUUGAGAGGAUGGAAGAUUUUGUUGAAGAUGAGGAGGGUUUGUUUAGUAGUUUUUGAAUAUCAUGAUAUGAUUGAUGAUGAGUAGAGGUUUGUUAGUAGUUAGUAUUGGAAAAAAAAAUUCUAUCCUUAAUCUGUCUGUUUGGAAGAUUGAUUGAUGAUAUGGCAGUUGUGUUGAUGAUGCUCUAUCUACUUACUCAUUUUUUUGGUGAUUAAUGG